UAUCGUCCUUACGUAUCCCUCGAACCAAAAUCAGUAAAUAAACCCUAAUUUUUCUUUUUCAUUCUAUUGUUCGGAGAUUUGAUGAAUACAAACCUCUCAGACAUUGUGUCUUCAAUCCAAAUCUAUAUCGAUUCCGUACAAUCCCUUCUAUACGCACAUAUGCAAUCUUGUUUGCCGAUGUUUGGAAUCUGAAUCUGAAUGUCGAUAUUGAAUUUCUAGGGUUAUCGGUUUCUACGCCUUGGACUUGAUUGGUGGCUGAUUGAUUUGGGCUAUCAGAGACUUGUGCUCUGAUCUGUUGGUGGCUUUUGUUUCAAUGGCGAACGGCGCUGAUGCAGAGGAUUACGUGGUCUUGUCUCGUGUCCGGCCUGGUUUAAAGCGUGAACUUGCUUUUGCGUUGAAAUCGCAAGCGGAGUAUGCUGGUUCCAUUGGUCGGACGCGUGCAAGGAGGUCGCCAUUUGGGGCUGUACCUUGUGAUAAAUCGAAGAAUUCAAGCAACAAGAAAUUGAAAAGUGCAGGCUCCAAGAAUGUGAAUAAUGAUGUGGAAAAGCAUCCUGUCGGAGAUCAAUUCGUGAUUGGUGUUGAAAAGUCGAUGAUCAACGAGGCUAUGAAUGUUAAGUGCCAGGUGGAAAGUGGUGCAAUUGGAGAUGAUGCGGAUAGAGUGGUUUCUGUAAGUGAAGACGAGCCAAAGAGUGAUGUCGUGGAUUUAGCCAGUGAUGAUGAGCAGAAGAGCGUUUUGGUAGAAUCUGCUGCCAAAGAGGUGGAACCAAUGUUCAUGGACUUACCUGAGGUUGAGGAUCUGGGAAAAGUUUGCAGUUCAGAUGAACCCUCGAUCAAUGGGGAGGCAAAGAAGGGCAAAUUAGAGCCACUGUGCAAGGUAGAAUCCACCAUGCAAACAGAAAAUUUGGUUCCAGAGGCAGAACUAGCCAAUGAAGUUGUGGAAAAGGGUUUCAAUGAGAGACCUAUUAUGACUGUCACUAGUUCAUCUGUGAAUUUAAUGGCAGAGCCAUUGGAGAAAUCAGCUUCUGAAAAGGUGGACACUGCACGAGGGGCAGAAAGUAAUGCAACGGGCAAAUUGAAAAUGAAAAUGUCAAAAAAGAUCGCGUUGAAGCGGUUCCCAACAAAGUUGAAGGAAUUACUGGAAACUGGUCUGCUUGAGGGUUUGGCAGUGAAGUACUUACGUGGUGUGAAGACAAGAGGGCUAUCAGAUAUGGGGCUUGAAGGAAUUAUUAAAGGCACUGGGAUAUUGUGUUCCUGUGAGAUGUGUGAUGGAACUCAAGUUGUUUCACCAAACCAAUUUGAAUUACAUGCUGGUAGUGCAAACAAGCGUCCUCCUGAUUAUAUUCACUUAAAGAAUGGGAAUACUCUUCGUGAUGUCUUGAAUGCAUGCAAAAAUGCUUCUACCGAAUCCUUGGAAGUAACUAUUCUGAAUGCAAUUGGACGUCCAUAUGAAAGCAGACCUACUUUGUGUCUGAACUGCAAAGGACCUAUUCCUGAAGCUGGGCUCGGUAGAACAAUGAUGCUGUGCAAUUCAUGCUGGAUUCCAAAAGACUCUCAGCCCAGUCCUGCUCCCUUGACUAAUAAUGGCUCUAGGUCACCAACUACUUUUUCCAGUCCAAAGUCGUCUGACAGUGCUUCCUUCAGCAAUUCAUCACGGAGUAAAAUUCAGGGGAGGUUAACUCGAAAAGAUCUGCGGUUGCACAAGUUGGUAUUUGAUGCUCUGGAAGAUGGAACUGCAGUGGCAUAUUUCGCUCGUGGGCAGAAAUGUGCUGAAGGUUACAAGAAGGGUUAUGGAUUGUUUUGCUACUGCUGCAACAGUGAGGUCAGCCCUUCCCAGUUUGAAGCACAUGCUGGUUGGGCUUCUCGUCGGAAGCCUUACCUUCACAUCUAUAUGUCAAAUGGGGUGUCUCUUCAUGAGUUCUCUGUGAGGUUGUGCAAAGAACGGAAGUUAUCUCCGGAGGAAAAUGAUGAUCUCUGCUCGAUCUGUGCUGAUGGAGGGGAUCUUUUAUGUUGCGAUAGUUGCCCUAGGGCUUUUCACACAGAGUGUAUUUCUCUAUCCAGCGUGCCCUGUGAUUCUUGGUACUGCAGAUAUUGCCAGAAUAUGUUCCAGAAAGAAAAAUUUGUGGAGCGCAAUGCCAAUGCUCUGGCAGCUGGAAGGGUUGCAGGCAUAGAUCCUAUGGAACAGAUAACACUACGGUGCAUCCGUAUUGUUGAAACUGCAGAGUCUGAUGUUGGAGGAUGUGCUCUCUGCAGGGGUCAUGAUUUCAGCAAAUCAGGAUUUGGUGCUCGGACAGUUAUACUUUGUGAUCAGUGCGAGAAGGAAUAUCAUGUUGGCUGCUUAAAGGAGCAUAACAUGGAUGAUCUAAAGGAAUUGCCCAUGGGCCAGUGGUUCUGUUGCAAGACCUGCAACAGUGUUCACUCUGCUUUGCAACAACUGGUUGCUAGUGGAGAAGAAAAAUUGCCAGAAUCAACGCUGAGCCUUAUCAAGCAGAAACUAGAGCAGAAAGGUUCUGAAAGUGUGACUGAUCUCGAUCUAACAUGGAGGCUUCUUAGUGGGAAGAUGGCUUCUGAUGAAAAAAUUAGACUGUUGCUUUCAAAGGCUGUUUCUAUCUUCCAUGAUCGUUUUGACCCUAUAGCAUAUUCGAACACUGGCAGUCUGGAUUUUAUUCCACACAUGGUUUAUGGGAGGAACGUGAGGGAUCAGGAAUUUGGGGGAAUGUACUGUGCGGUAUUAUCAGUCAACUCAACCGUUGUGUCUGCUGGAGUUAUUCGAGUAUUUGGAGAGGAAGUAGCAGAGCUUCCUUUGGUUGCAACUAGUACUGAUUAUGAGGGACAGGGCUAUUUCCAGGCACUAUUCUCUUGCAUAGAAAACCUACUUGGACUUCUCAAUGUGAAAAAGCUCGUGCUGCCAGCUGCAUAUGAAGCGGAAUGUAUUUGGACAAAUAAAUUUGGUUUCGAGAAGAUGACGGAAGAAGAGCUGAUGAAAUACCGAAGAGAUUAUCAAAUGCUGAUCUUUCAAGGGACAUCAAUGCUUCACAAGCCAAUACCGAAGCCUUGAAAUAUUUCAGCUAAAUCGGUGGGAUGGAUUGCGCGGGGAAACUAGACAGAAGUGGAGAAGGUAAAAGCGGAGUUGAAUGUACAGGGAGGGGAUGGUGGAAUGAUGCUUCGGUUAUAUGUACAGCAAGGGGGAGGCUUUACCUCUUUCUUCUCUUCACCUUGCAAGCUGUAAGAUGUGUUUUUGGUAGUGGACACAACUAUAGCACAGAAUUGAGACUCGGCCAUACAGAUAGAUAUAUGAAAUAUACAAAGAAUAGGCGCUUGCUGCUGCUGCUGCUGUUGCUGUUGCUGUUGCUUUUCGCAGGGUUUGGAAUGCUUUAUUUCGAUAUACCAGAAAAAGUACCAAAAUCAUCCUUUUGUUUUUUUUUCAGGGAUAUUGGUUUAAAUGCUCAGUUUUGUGGGCCAUGGUAUGGUUUUGUAGUCGUAGUUCUAUGUUUACAUGGCCUUUUCCUUGAAGCUUUUUUAGCUGGGAAGCCCCUUUGGUAGUACAAUGGUUUUGUAUCUAGAUUUAGCAGUACUUUGGGAACUCAUCCAGGACUGAAUAGCAGUUUUACUGUUUUCUUUACUUUUAA